AUGUCACAGACACUCAAACUCGAAGCGGCCGCCGGGUCCACCAAAAUGGUCAUCGUGGGCGCAGGCUCCGUCGGGACUACCACAGCCUACGCCCUCCUCCUCAGCGGCCUCGCUGCCGACAUUGUCCUCAUCGACAUCAACCAGGCACGCGUCGAGGGUGAAGUCGCCGACCUCGGCCACGCCGCCCACUUCACCCACACGCGCGUCCGCUCCGGGACGUACGCCGACUGCGCCGGGGCAACCGCCGUCAUCAUCACCGCCGGCGCGAACCAGAAGCCCGGCCAGACGCGGCCGCAGCUCGUGGCCGCCAACCACGCCCUCUUCGCCUCCAUCAUCCCGCCCAUCGCCGCCGCCUCUUCCCCAGACACUAUCCUCGUCGUGGCCACCAACCCGGCCGACGUGCUGACCCACGCCGCCGUGCGCCUCUCCGGGUUCCCGCCUUAUCGGGUCAUCGGCACGGGGACGGCCCUCGACACGACGCGCCUGCGCCGCGAGCUGGGCGCGCACUUUGGCAUCAGCCCGCGGAGCGUGCACGCCUUUGUGGUGGGCGAGCACGGCGACUCGCAGCUGCCGGCGUGGUCGCUCGCAAACAUCUGCGGCAUGCGGCUGCCCGAGUACUGUCGCCAGGCGGGCCGGGCGCAUGACGAGGCGGAGAUGGAGGCCUGCGCCAAGCGGACCCGCGACGCGGCGUACACGAUCAUCGAGCGCAAGGGCAAGACGAACUACGGCAUCGCGAGCGUCAUUGUCGCGAUCCUCGAGCCCAUCGUUAAGAACGCCGACGCCAUCAUGACCGUGUCGCAAGUGGGCACGUACGCCGGGGUCGAGGACGUGGCACUCAGCAUGCCGUGUAAGAUUAACCGUCGGGGGGCCUUCCAGGAGGUGCCGCUGCCACUAGACGAGCGGGAGACGGAGCUACUACGGAGGUCGGCUGAGAGCAUCAGGGCCAUGAUCAUGUCGGUGGCUGCGCCGGAGUAG